GAUGGGAAGAGCCUGCAAGAAAGCCUCGUAAUGCUUUCUCCACUGAGCCACUGAGCUCUAUCCCCUCUUCGCCCCAUUCUAUGCGUAGUGUGUGGACUGUGGAGAAUUCGUGUUAUCAAGAGAGAUUUUACCAAAACUUCAAACCCAAAACCCUACAAACAUGAGAACUUACAGCAGAAUUGGUCUUGCUUUCGUGAUCAAAUGCUUCGCGACGACGAUGAUAACGAUCAUCGUCUCGGCGGAGUCACCCCAACCUCCAUUUUCAUGCGAUUCUUCAUCACCUACACCACCAUACCCCUUCUGCAACGUCAGUUUACCGAUUCCCAACCGCGCUCACGACGUCGUUUCACGACUUACGUUAGACGAGAAAGUUUUGCAGCUGGUGAACGGAGCGCCGGGGAUUCCUCGCCUUGGGAUUUCCGCUUACGAGUGGUGGUCGGAGGCAUUGCACGGCAUUUCUAGACACGGAAAGGGUGUGAGAUUUAACGGGACAAUCACCGCCUCAACACAGUUCCCUCAAGUCAUCCUCACAGCUGUUUCUUUUGAUUCACAUCUUUGGUAUCGGAUUGGUCAGGCAAUUGGGAGAGAAGCAAGAGCAAUGUACAAUGUAGGUCAAGCAAAGGGGCUAACAUUUUGGGCACCAAACAUCAACGUGUUAAGAGAUCCAAGAUGGGGAAGAGCACAAGAGACACCUGGUGAAGAUCCAUUGGUUGUCGGAGAUUAUUCAGUUUCAUACGUAAGAGGAAUUCAAGGUGACAGUUUUGAAGGUGGAAAAAUCGAUCCAAAUUCCGAUCAUCUUCAAGCCUCCGCUUGCUGUAAACACUUCGUUGCCAAUGAUUUGGAUAACUGGAAAACCGCUAAUCGAUACAACUUUGAUGCCAAUAUUACUCAACAAGAUCUUGCAGAUACAUACUUACCACCAUUUAAGCAGUGUGUACAACAAGGGCAAGCGAGUGGAAUAAUGUGUGCGUAUAAUCGUGUCAAUGGCGUACCAAAUUGUGCUGAUUACAAUCUUUUAACCAAAACAGCUCGUCAAGCUUGGAGCUUUAAAGGGUACAUUGCAUCAGAUUGUGAUGCAGUUGCCAUUAUGCAUGAUGUUCAAGGAUAUUCCAAAUUACCUGAAGAUGCUGUUGCUAGUGUUAUAAAAGCUGGUAUGGAUGUCAACUGUGGUUCUUACUUGAAGAAAUACACAAAAUCAGCAAUCGAAAUGAAGAAAUUAACAGAAGCAGAAAUCGACAGAGCUCUAGAGAAUCUAUUUACAAUCAGAAUGAGAUUAGGUUUGUUCAACGGAAACCCUAAAACCGGAAUCUAUGGAAACUUCGGACCCGACGAUGUUUGCUCUGAAGAACACCAAAACCUAGCCCUAGAAGCUGCGCGAAACGGCAUCGUCUUGUUGAAAAAUUCCGGCAAGCUUCUCCCGCUUUCAAAAUCCAAAACCAAUUCCAUCGCCGUCAUAGGCCCCAACGCCAAUUCCACCCAAACAUUGCUCGGAAACUACGAAGGUGUGGCGUGUAAAAACAUCACGAUUCUUCAAGCACUUGAAAAGUACGUGAAAAACACACACUACCACCCGGGAUGUGUUGAUUCCGUGAACUGCACUUCCGUCGCCAUUGAUGAAGCUGUUGGAAUAGCAAAAAUGGCGGAUUACGUGAUUAUGGUGAUGGGUUUGGAUCAAAGUCAAGAAAGGGAGAAGCUCGAUCGACUUGAUUUGGUGCUUCCGGGGAAGCAAUCGGCGCUGGUUUCUGCCGUUGCUAGAUCUGCUAAAAACCCGGUUUUAUUGGUUUUACUUUGUGGAGGUCCGGUAGAUGUUUCGUUCGCUAAAGAUGACCCGAAAAUCGGGUCAAUUUUAUGGGCCGGAUACCCUGGUGAAGCUGGUGCCACCGCUCUCACUGAAAUCAUCUUCGGUGAUCAUAAUCCAGGAGGAAGAUUACCAGUGACAUGGUAUCCAAGGGAAUUUGCAAAAGUGGCAAUGACGGAUAUGCGAAUGAGACCCGACCCAUCAUCGGGCUACCCGGGUCGAACAUACCGAUUCUAUAACGGGAAACCUGUUUUUGAAUUCGGGUAUGGGCUUAGUUACUCGACCCAUACCUACAAGUUUGUUUCAAGUACCCAAAACAAGAUUUCUCUUGGCCCAAAUCAAGAAUUGGGCACUUGUUAUAUGUCCGUUUCUGAGAUUCGGGAGGAUUUGUGUGAGAAAGCUGAGUUCACGGUGGUGAUUGAUGUUGAGAAUGAUGGGGAGGUGAGUAAUCACACCGUGUUGCUAUUUGUGAGGUGGGAUGAUCAUGGUGAGGAUUGGAAUGGGCAUUUCAUCAAACAGCUGAUGGGGUUUCAGAGAGUGAGUUUGGGACGAAGGGGAAGAAGUGAAGUUGAGUUUGUUGUAAAGCCUUGUGAGCACUUUAGUAGGGUUAGAGAAGAUGGGUUGAUGGUUGUGGAAGAAGGGUCUCGUUCCCUUGUUGUGGGUGAUCAAGAGUUUACCAUUGAUGUUAUAUUAUGAUAAUAAAGAUAUAUAGAUGUUAGUGAAAUGACUAUAUUAUUAAAGACCAUUUUCUAGCCAUUGAUAAUGUUAAAAAUAUCAUUGUAUGUUAAAAAA